AUGAGCUGGAACUUCCUGACCCGUUUGUUGGAGGAGAUAUCUCUGCACUCGACGUACCUGGGCAAGCUCUGGCUAACCACGUUCCUGAUCUUGCGCAUCAUGCUGACGAUCGUGGCGGGCGAAUCCAUCUAUCACGAUGAACAGAGCUCGUUCAUGUGCAACUCCCAACAGCCGGGCUGCACGAACAUGUGCUACGACACCUUUGCUCCCCUGUCCUACGUGCGCUUCUGGAUCUUUCAGAUUAUCACCGUGGCGACGCCCAGCAUUCUCUACCUCGCCUUCGCCGUACACAGGAUACAGAGGUCUAGUGAAAAGGAGAUGUUUAACUUUUACUCCCGCGUCGUUAUCCGCAGGUCAGAGAGCUCGCCUGGCGAUCAAGGAGGGGAGUUUCCCGACGAGGCCAAGAAGAACGACUACAGACGGCACGACGGGCGUCGCGCUAUCAGGGCCGACGGCCUCAUGUGGGCCUACGCGCUGCAGCUCGUCCUGCGCACGGUGGCCGAAGCGGGCUUCCUUCUGGGCCAGUACGUGAUGUACGGCUUGGAGGUGAUCCCCCGCUUUGUGUGCCCCCGCCGCUACCCCUGCGUCCACUUCGUCGACUGCUUCGUGUCGAGGCCCACGGAGAAGACCGUCUUCCUGCACGUGAUGUAUGCCGUGGGGUGCCUCAGCCUGGCUCUCGACCUGGCCGAGAUGUGGCACCUGGGGAUGGGCGCUCUCAGGGACGAGCUGCCGGGCAGCCGAGCCAAGCGCCGGUAUUGACAGCACUAUGAGACAUCUCCUUUAGCAGUGGCAAAAUAUAGUA